GAUGUACUCUCCGACCUUCAGCGGUACCGUAGUGGCUAGAUUUUGCAAGCUCCAUAUUCCUACGAGAUUACUCGAAGUCACUACUCUCCACUAAGAACAAAGCCGUAUCAUGACGACGAAGUUAGUUCCGCCAUUCACAGAAGAAACAGCCCGAGCAAAGGUGCAAGCGGCAGAGGACGCAUGGAAUUCUCGAGAUCCAGCGAGAGUGUCCAUGGCAUACACUGAAGACUCCGAGUGGAGAAAUCGGACAGAGAUUUUCAAAGGGCGUGAAAAAAUCAGGGAGUUUCUCAGUCGAAAGUGGCAGACUGAGCUCGAGUACAGGUUAAUGAAAGAGCUCUGGUGCUACACUGGCAACCGAAUCUCUGUAAGGUUUGAAUACGAAUGGCAUGACAGCGCAGGACAGUGGUAUCGUACCCAUGGUAAUGAGCACUGGGAAUUCGACGACGAAGGACUGAUGCGACGUCGAGAUAUGAGCGCCAAUGACAUCCCCAUCCAUGCUCAUGAGCGCCGCUUGUGACUGGAAUUUGCUUCUCCAUCAAUCCAGCUCCUGUCCGUGCCCUAGAAAUCGACACAGUCGUCGUACGAUUCCUAAACAUCGGACACUAUCCAUCAAGAGAGUAGGUAAUGUUGUAGACACUUUGUGCAAAGACACCAAUUGUAUAUCUUUUCUCCUCGCGUACUAUUCGUUAUAUCACUCGGCGCUUGUUUCUCUGAGAACCUUGACAUGCAGAACAGGUUCUUCUGGACAAACGCCUCUCGAUUGCUUUUCCAAUAAAUUGUGCUUGGUCACCCAGAUUUUUCAACUUUCUCAGAUUUCAAAUUCUCGGGACCGAUGCAUGUGGCAGCUGAUUUAGGUCGAUGUCAACCGUUACAAUCCGACUUAUGGAUCGGAGUUAUCACACAGAGGACUUCUUAUCUGACCUCUCAGCAUACGGCCCAAAGAAGUUCAUAUACAGUCGUUGUUAGCAAACAUUAGGUUGAAAGAAAAUUGUGUAAUUUCAGAGCAAUAUUUACAUGAGACUCUCAUGGUCAGACGCAGUAUUCGAGGUUCCUUAUGUAAAAACGAUGUUCCAUGUUCAUAGUUUCAAUCCGACAUGGUCAAGGAAACGAUGGGGCUCAUGCGCGAAAGUGACCAAGCCAGUGGCCAAGCCAAGCAAACCCUAAACCCAAGCCAAUGCAGUCAGUCCACGCACCGGGAUGAAAAGUAAAGCAUUCGUGCAUCGUUUGGACAAUGCACUUUGAUUAAAGUUCCAGGGACGACAAAUAGGAUUUUCUGCAAAUAGUGAUCCAUAUGUUCUCCAGCAGAACACUUCGAUUGAGAAAUACACAUGUGAAAAUGAGCUAUCACAGUUUAUAAACAUAAAGCACAAUCUGGGGUCUCAGUUUCAAGAAAGUUACUUGUGCUUUGUACCACCCAUAUAUUUCGCUGUAAUACCUUGUCC